AUGGAAUGUUUUACAGCCUUUAUAUCUGGCUACACCUACAGAAGAAUUCUGCUUGGCAUAGUAGAUCCUAACUACAAGUUUUUAAUUGUUGAUAUUGGUAGUUAUGGCCGUCAUAGUGACAGUAGUAUUUUUGAGAAUUCAUCCUUUUAUCGCGAGUUCAUACAAGGUAAAACUAUUUUACCACCUAAACCUUUACCUGGAACAACCACCCCAGUCCCACAUGUUUUUGUAGGUGACAAAGGUUUUAAACUAGAAACUUUUUUAAUGCGCCCAUUUCCGAGAGCUGUAGUUGCACAAGAUGAAGCUAAAAAAGUAUUCAAUAAACCUAUUGAAUUAGAAGUAGAUACUGCAGAACAUGUUGUCAAGGCAGCUUGUUGUUUACACAAUUAUCUCCGAAGUACCUCUACAAUUGAAAACGAACCAGAAGAAGAAGACGCUAUUUCACCUACUAAUGUGUUUUCUAAUACACAACGAAUAAGAGAGAGAUCAAGUAUUGCAGCUACUUCUGUUAGAGAGAACUUC